AUGGGGCCGUCCCAGGAGGGGCCUCUUCCAGAGGGACUGUCCCCUGCAGGGAAGCGCAGGUGGGCCAUAGCAGGGAGAGCACUGAUGACACUCCUGCUUCUCGGCCUGAUGGUCACCUCCGCUGUGCUCCUGGUCUACGUCUUCGGGAGCUGUGGUCCUCGUCACUGUGACAACCCCGUGUGCCAGGACCUGGUGGCCCAGUACCUAGCUUCAGGAAACACUAGUGUGGACCCCUGCUCUGACUUCUUCAGCUUCACCUGCAGAAACACACAAGGGACCAGGGACUCUGUCCAAGCUCUUUUGGAGGAGAACAAGAACUGGCUCCGGAGGAUUCUGGAGACCCAGAGUCCCUGGCCCCCAGGCUCUAGCAAGGAGAAAGCCUUCCAGUUCUACAGCUCCUGCAUGGACACAGAGGCCAUCGAGGCUGCAGGGACUGGACCCCUCAGGCAAGUUAUUGACGAGCUUGGAGGCUGGCAGAUCUCGGGGAACUGGACUUUCAUGGACUUUAACAGAACGUUGACCCUUUUGAUGAGUCAGUAUGGCCACUUCCCAUUCUUCAGAGCCUCCCUGAGAACGCGGCAUAGCCCUCCAUACACACCGGUCAUUGAGAUAGACCAGCCCAAGUUUGAUGUCCCCCUCAAGCAAGAACAAGAACAGAAGAUAUAUGCCCAGAUGGUGCGGGAGUACCUGACCUACCUGAACCAGCUGGGGACCCUGCUGGGAGGGUCUCCUGACAAGGUACAAGAGCACGCCGGCAUCUCCAUCUCCAUCACCUCAAGGCUCUUUCAGUUCCUGCGGCCCCUGGAGCAGCAGCAGGAGAGGGUGGUCACCAUUGCUCAGCUGCAGGAAAUAGCCCCCGCCAUUGACUGGUUGUCCUGCUUGCAAGCGACCUUCUCACCGAUGCCCCUGAGCCCCUCUCAGCCCCUCAUGGUCCAUGACCUGGAAUAUCUGAGAAACAUGUCACAGCUGGUGGGAAGCCUGCAGCUGAGACACAGGGAAUUCCUGCAGAGCCACAUGAUCCUGGGGCUAGUGGCCACCCUCUCUCCUGCCCUGGACAGCAAGUUCCAGGCAGCCCGCCAGGAGCUGAACGAGAAGCUGAUGCAGCUCAUGAAGCAGCUGCCUGUGCCCCUGCCCCCCCGAUGGAUCAAGUGUGUGGAGGACACCAGCACCUUCUUCCAGCCCACGCUGGCGGCCCUGUUUGUCCGAGAGACCUUUAGCCUGCAGACCAGGAGAGCUGCCUUGGCACUCUUCUCAGACAUCAGGGAAGCCUGGCUGGACCGCAUCCAGAGGUUGCCCUGGAUGAGCGAGGGAGCGAGAAAGGAGGCCACGGACCGGGUCACGCAGCUGCAGGUAAAGAUGGGGGCCCCAGAGUGGGUUCAGGAGCCAGAAGUGAUCACACAGGGGUACCCUGAGGUCCAGCUGGGCACCAGCUUCCUGCAGCUCUUCCUGAGCUGUGUCCGAGCCCACCGAGCCAGGACAGUCCGGAGUUCCCUGCAGCGCUCCCCGCAGCACAGCUGGCACCAGCCCCCCUGGGGCGUCAACGCCUACUACUCUGCAUCGGACCACACAGUAGUCUUCCCGGCUGGGCUCCUGCAGCCCCCAUUCUUCCAUCCAAGCUAUCCCAGGGCAGUGAACUUCGGUGCCACAGGCAGCAUCAUGGCCAACAAGCUCCUGCAUGCCUCCAGGCUCUUGAUCCCCGGAGGCUGCCCAGGUUGUGAUGCCCACGGCCUGCAGGAGAUGCUACAAUGCCUGGCCCGCCACUCCACUGCCCGGUCCCUGCCCCCAGAGACCUCCUUCAGCCACUGGCACACCCUUCAGGAGGAUGCCAUGGACCUGGGAGCACUGGCCAUUGCACUGCAGGCUUACAACCAGAAGUUGCUUCAACACCGUGGGGAGACCACCCUGCCCCAACUGGACCUCAGCCCGAGGCAGCUGUUCUUCCGAAGCUAUGGCCAGGUGAUGUGCAAAGACCCCGAGCGACACGACCCACAAGACCACCACAGCCCUACCCCACUUCGAGUCCACGGGCCGCUCAGCAACACCCCGGCCUUUGCUAGGUACUUCCACUGUCCACAAGGGACCCUCAUGAACCCCUCCAGCCAUUGUCAGCUCUGGUGA